AUUACAGAAGAGUUCUAGUUGUCAGCUGUCAGUCUAUUGCAAUGAAUGAAAAUGAAACUCGUUUAAAAGAUGAGCUUAGUUUUAGAGAAAACAUGCAAAAUAUUACAGGCAAUGUAUUGUCUUCAUUUGAUAAGAAAAGAAACUUGAUUGGUUUCUGGAUACUUGGAUUAUGUAACAAUUUUGCCUAUGUGAUAAUGUUAAGUGCAGCUCAUGAUAUCCUGAAAGAACAAGAAAAAGGUGAUGAAGUCCAUCAUAAUGAGACAACUACUUUCGCACCAGUUGAUGAGCAUUACAUGCAGUGCAAUGAAAUAUCUACAGGAGCUAUUCUGCUGGCAGAUAUACUACCUACACUAAUCAUCAAACUGACAGCACCAUUCUACAUACAUCAUAUCAGUUACAGAGUAAGAGUUGCUAUAGUUGUGCUUUUUAACCUGUCAAGUUUUCUAUUGGUUGGAUUUUCUGUUGGUAUAUGGAUGAGUAUAUUAGGGGUUGUUUGUGCCAGUAUAUGUGGUGGUUUAGGAGAAGUAACUUAUAUGAGUCUUUCAGCUUUUUUUGAUAGAAAUGUUAUAUCAACAUAUUCCUCAGGAACAGGGGGAGCUGGAGUAUUUGGUGCCUUAUCAUAUGCUGGUUUGACAUCAGCAGGUCUUUCUCCUCGUAACACAUUGUUUGUCAUGACCAUCAUUCCUGUUACCAUGGCAAUAAGUUAUUUUGGGAUUUUAAAAAAGCCUGAUAACAUUUACACAAAAACAGUAACAGAUGAGACAACAGAUGAUACAACAGCUUUGUUAGAUGAUAGCAAAGAAGUGUCUACAAAAAUAUAUUUAUCUUUAAAAGACAGAUUAAGACUAUUACGUCCAUUAUUAAAAUAUAUGAUUCCAUUGAUACUGGUAUAUUUUGCUGAAUAUUUUAUAAAUCAGGGAUUGAUGGAAAUAUUAUAUUUUAACAAUGUAUCACUGUCUAUAUCAGAACAGUAUAGAUGGUACCAAGUAGAUUACCAGCUAGGAGUUUUUAUAUCCAGGUCUUCUGUGAAUUUUUUUGAAGUUAAAAGGUUGUGGGUGCUUCCCAUUAUUCAGUUUAUCAAUCUAGGAAUUCUGUUAACACAAGUGUUCUACAGAUAUAUACCUAAUAUAGCCAUAAUAUUUGUGAUCAUAUUCUUUGAAGGAUUGUUAGGAGGGGCAGCUUUUGUCAAUACAUUUUAUCAAAUUUCAAAAGAGAUUAGAGCAGAAUAUAGAGAAUAUAGUUUAGGAGCAGCAACCAUUGCAGAUUCCUUUGGUAUAUCUGUAGCAGGAGCAGUGUCAAUACCUUCACACAAUCACAUUUGUUCUUUACAUUUAAAAGUUAUGUAACCAUUACAGAAAACUGUGAUAUUUUUAGGAGAUUAUUAUUUGGUUGUUAUAAACUACAUGUAUGUCACAAUUCAUUUUUUUUUAUGUGUAUUUUGUUUAUUUAUUUUAGUGUGUUAAUUUACGUGUACAUCUAUAUGCUUGUUUGACUUAUCCAAAAACCUAUUUAAUUGAACAAGUAAUAUUAGAGAAUUAAGAAAGCAAUUCAAUGAGCCUUACAAUAUGAUGAAAGAUAUUAAAACAAACAGAAAUAUGAAGAUGUGGUAUGAAUGCCAAUGAGACAACUCUCUAUCCAAGUCACAAUGUGUAAAAAGUAAACAAAGUACGGCCUUCAACACGGAGCCUUGGCUCACACCGAACAGCAAGCUAUAAAGGGCCCCAAAAUGACUAGUGUAAAACAAUUCAAACAGGAGAACAAAAGGGUCUAAUCUAUACAAAAAACAAGAAACGAGAAACACUUAUGAACCACAUCAACAAACAACAACCACUGAACAACAGGCUCCUGACUUAGGACAGGUGCAAACAAAUGCAGAGGGUUUAAACGUUUUAACAGGUGCCAACCUUCACCCUAACCUGAAACAGUAGUGUAACAUUACAACAUAGAAAGCUUGUUUACAUAUUUAUCAAAGUGCAGGGGGCAUAAUGUCCUGGGAAAAUGGAACAUUGGAAAGUAACCAAGCUGAGGUAAUUGUGUAUGUUUAGCACAAAACUAUAUCAAAAUCUUUACUUAAUUUAAAAAAAAAAUCAUUACAGGAAAUCCUGAAAUAGUUGAACCCUGCAGGGACUUAUAUUGAUUAAUUUUUGGCUAUUGUAGUCUUGUGUUAGAAUACCCAAUUCAAGCACCUCUUGUGACAACAUGAUCAUUUCUUUUUUAUUAUCUUCUCAAAAUGUUACUUGUACUAGUACAAUGUAUAAAUAUUUAAUGAUUCAAAGUUUUUUGCUUUCAAAUUUUAAAUGGCAGUGUAAACAUACAAAAUGUGAAUGAAUAUUUAUUGAAUAUACAUAAAGUAGUAAUUGUACAAUACUGUCUGUGCAAUUAUCUUUAAAAUGCAUAUACAUGCAGGUAAUUUAAAAAAAUACAUCACCUUUAUUAAAAAUGUAAGAUUUCAAAUAAAAUCUAUUUAUAUACCUAUA